CAAAACAAACUGGUAAGAGGGCAUUGGUCAAACCCAAUCCUCUCUCUCUCUCUCUCUCUCUCACACACACACACAAACACACACACACACACAUCAGAGAUCUCUGAUCUCCGAGCUCUGAUUUCUUCGAAUCCAGACGCUACGUCCACCGUUGAUUAGCAAACUUAGAUCCACCAUUCGACCUCUCAAUUCGACCAAAAGCUCAUACAUCUAAUCAUUGAUCAAAAUGAUAACAAUUCCGUAUUUGACAGCCUUGACCACAUAUUUCAGCUACGGUUUGCUUUUCGCUUUUGGCCAAUUACGCGACUUUUUCAGAAAAAUCAUCGAUUGGUGGUAUGCCGGCAAUCUUCAGGGAUAUGCACCGAUCUGCUUAGGGCUUGAGGACUUUUAUAUUCGGCGGUUGUAUCUUCGUAUUCAGGACUGUUUUGGACGGCCUAUAUCGAGUCCUCCUGAUGCUUGGUUUGACGUGGUGGAGCGUGUCUCCAAUGACAAUAACAAGACUCUAAAGCGUACCACAAAGAUCAGUCGGUGUCUCAACUUAGGCUCAUACAAUUACCUUGGGUUUGCUGCAGCAGACGAAUACUGUACACCUCGUGUGAUUGAGUCUUUAAAAAGAUUUUCUCCAAGCACCUGCAGUGCUCGUGUUGAUGGAGGCACCACUACUGUGCAUACUGAAUUGGAGGAGUGCGUGGCAAAUUUUGUUGGAAAGCCAUCUGCUAUAGUUUUUGGCAUGGGCUACGUAACGAACUCAGCUAUCCUCCCUGUAUUGAUUGGAAAGGGAGGGUUGAUAAUCAGUGAUUCUCUGAACCACAACUCUAUUGUCAAUGGUGCAAGAGGAUCAGGAGCUACCAUUCGAGUUUUCCAACAUAAUACUCCAUCCCACUUGGAGAAAGUUUUGAGAGAACACAUUUCUGAGGGACAACCCAGAACACACAGACCAUGGAAGAAGAUUAUUGUAGUUGUGGAGGGGAUUUAUAGCAUGGAAGGGGAACUUUGCCAACUUCCGGAGAUCGUUGCUAUUUGCAAGAAAUACAAGGCUUAUGUUUAUUUGGAUGAAGCUCACAGCAUCGGAGCAGUUGGGAAAUCAGGUAGAGGUGUCUGUGAGCUUUUAGGAGUGGAUACCGCUGAUGUGGAUAUCAUGAUGGGAACUUUCACUAAAUCAUUUGGAUCAUGUGGUGGUUAUAUUGCAGGAUCUAAGGACCUUAUUCAAUAUUUGAAGUACACUUGUCCUGCUCAUCUGUAUGCGACAUCAAUAUCACCCCCUGCUGCUCAACAGAUUAUUUCUGCCAUAAAGGUUAUUCUUGGAGAGGAUGGUUCUAGUAGAGGGGCCCAGAAACUUGCACGAAUACGUGAGAACAGCAACUUUUUCAGAUCAGAACUGCAAAAGAUGGGCUUCGAGGUUCUCGGGGAUAACGAUUCUCCUGUGAUGCCUAUAAUGCUCUACAAUCCAGCAAAAAUUCCUGCUUUUUCACGGGAAUGUCUCCGACGGAAUGUGGCUGUUGUGACGGUUGCUUUUCCAGCUACCCCUUUGCUGUUGGCCCGAGCACGGAUCUGCAUCUCUGCUGCUCACACGAGAGAAGACAUGGUCAAAGCCUUAGAGGUUAUAAGCAGUGUUGGUGAUCAAGUGGGCAUAAAAUAUUUCCCUGCAGAGCCCAAGAAACAUGCUGCUGAGGAGGAGGAAGGCAGAAUCAAGUUGGAGUAGAGAAAUUUUGGUUUUAGUGAAUUUGUGCCAGUGGAGCUUCAAGAGUGUUGUAUUGCUAGAUGCUUCUAAAGUACCCAGCCCAAGAAGAAGAAAAACGAAAAAAAAAAGAUAUGCUGCUAAGGUAUCAUAGUUUGUUUGCUGGACCUCGUAUCUAGACGUGACCUGUUCGAUUUUGUUCAGUCGAUGUACAGUUGCAUUUUUUUGUUCCCAACACUUUAUCAUCCUUGUUUAUCAGUGUUACUUAAGAUUUACAUUUAUGUGCUAUUAUUUAAUUACUAAUUUUUUUCUGUCUUUUUACGCAAUCUCUAGUUUAGUGCUCUUUUUUUUUUUUUUUUUUGGAGCUAGUCACAAUCCUGUACCAUUUGUAUUUGAACUCCUAUGCAAAAUUCUGAA